AUGGGUAUUAUCCUGCAUAGAAUUUUUCUAAUCGUCUCUCUGGUCUUGGAUGAGCUUAAGCGGCACUAUAACCUGAGUCAGUACUGGGUGGAGGUGGAGAUGGAAGACCUGGCCAGCUUUGAUGAAGAUCUCGCCGACUAUCUGUACAAACAACCAGCGGAGCACCUGCAGCUGUUGGAAGAAGCAGCAAAAGAAGUCGCCGAUGAGGUCACCCGUCCUCGUCCUUCGGGGGAGGAAGCUCUCCAAGACAUCCAGGUCAUGCUGAGAUCGGAUGCCAACGCAGCCAACAUCCGCAGCCUGAAGUCCGACCAGAUGUCCCACCUUGUGAAGAUCCCUGGCAUCGUAAUUGCAGCAACUCCUGUGAGAGCCAAAGCCACCAAAAUAGCCAUUCAGUGCCGCAGCUGCCGUAACACCAUCAGCAACAUUGCGGUGCGCCCGGGCCUGGAGGGUUACGCUCUCCCCAGGAAAUGCAACACGGAACAAGCCGGCCGCCCAAAGUGCCCGCUGGACCCCUAUUUCAUCAUGCCAGAUAAGUGCAAGUGUGUGGACUUCCAGGUCCUGAAGCUGCAGGAGUCCCCCGACGCUGUGCCGCACGGCGAGAUGCCCCGACACUUGCAGCUGUACUGCGACAGGUACCUGUGUGACAAAGUUGUCCCAGGGAACAGAGUCACUAUCAUGGGCAUCUACUCCAUCAAGAAGUCUGCCCAGAGCAAGAACAGAAGCCGUGACAACGUGGGCGUGGGCAUCCGAAGUGCUUACAUCCGUGUGGUGGGCAUCCAGGUGGACGUGGAGGGCUCAGGACACAGCUUUGCUGGCUCCGUAACUCCUCAAGAAGAGGAGGAACUUCGUCGCCUCGCUGCCAUGCCCAACAUCUAUGAGACAAUCGCCAAGAGCAUCGCACCUUCCAUCUAUGGCAGCACUGACAUCAAGAAAGCCAUUGCCUGCCUCUUAUUUGGAGGCUCUCGCAAGAGGCUCCCGGAUGGACUGACCCGCAGAGGAGACAUCAACUUACUGAUGCUGGGUGACCCCGGCACGGCCAAAUCCCAGCUGCUGAAGUUUGUUGAGAAGUGUUCGCCCAUUGGGGUAUACACCUCGGGGAAAGGCAGCAGCGCUGCCGGCUUGACGGCCUCAGUGAUCCGUGACCCUUCCUCCAGGAGUUUCUUCAUGGAGGGAGGAGCCAUGGUGCUGGCGGAUGGUGGAGUGGUGUGCAUCGAUGAGUUUGACAAGAUGCGGGAGGAUGACCGUGUGGCUAUCCACGAGGCUAUGGAGCAGCAGACCAUCUCCAUUGCUAAGGCAGGAAUCACAACCACACUCAACUCCCGCUGCUCAGUGCUGGCAGCUGCCAACUCUGUCUUCGGGCGCUGGGACGAGACCAAGGGCGAGGAGAACAUUGAUUUUAUGCCCACCAUCCUGUCCCGAUUUGACAUGAUCUUCAUCGUCAAGGAUGAGCACAACGAGGAACGAGACAUGACGCUGGCCAAGCACGUGAUGUCCUUACACGUGAGUGCCUUGACACAGACCCAGGCUGUGGAGGGCGAGAUCGAGCUGAACAAGCUGAAGAAGCUCAUCUCCUUCUGUCGGACGAAGUGUGGCCCUCGGCUGUCAGCAGCGGCGGCGGAGAAGCUGAAGAACCGCUACAUCCUCAUGCGGAGUGGCACUCGCCAGCACGAGCAGGAGAGCGACCGCCGUUCCAGCAUCCCCAUCACUGUCCGGCAGCUGGAGGCUAUUGUGCGCAUUGCCGAGUCCCUGGGGAAGAUGAAGCUUCAGCCCUUUGCCACCGAGGCAGAUGUUGAGGAGGCCUUGCGGCUCUUCCAGGUGUCCACGCUUGAUGCGGCCAUGUCGGGCAGCCUGUCAGGGGCAGAAGGCUUCACGACGCAAGAAGACCAAGAGAUGCUGUCCCGCAUUGAGAAGCAGCUCAAGCGCCGCUUCGCCAUCGGCUCUCAGGUGUCGGAGCACAGCAUCGUCCAGGACUUCAUGCGGCAGAAAUACCCAGAACAUGCCAUCUACAAGGUGCUGCAGCUGAUGAUGCGGCGGGGAGAGAUCCAGCACCGCAUGCAACGCAAAGUCCUCUACCGCAUCAAGUGACCUCCCCAUCCCACGUAUGGGGAGGGAACCGCUGCUGCCUGUGGGCAGAGAGCCCUGUGGGGUCUGUGCCUGCUCCAGGAAGAAGCUUUUCCUGGGGGAGCCAACCAGCC